UGCCGAGAGUCUCCCAAAACUGUGGGUUCUUCUUCCCUGCCAGGGAUCGGCUCUGGGAAGGCUCCGCUGGAGCAGUGUAUUCAGCUGGCAGAGAGGCCUGGGGUGGGGCAGGACUCGGACUGGCUAGCCUGCCAGCACUUAAUUAUUGAUGAGAUCUCAAUGGUGGAUGGCAAGUUCUUUGACAAGCUGGAGGCAGUGGCGAGGGCAGUCAGGAAACGGGAUGAGCCUUUUGGAGGAAUUCAGCUAAUCAUCUGUGGGGACUUCCUGCAGCUACCUCCAGUCUUUAAGGCUAAUGAAGAAACCAGGUUCUGCUUCCAGGCACAAAGCUGGAGGAAAUGCAUCCACAUAAACAUGGAGCUGACUGAAGUGUGGAGACAGACUGACAAGACCUUUGUCUCACUCCUGAGUGCAGUGCGUUUAGGCAGGUGCACAGAGGAAGUUACCAAGCAGCUGAUGCAGACCGCUGCCAACAGGUCUGAGCGUGAUGGGAUCCUGGCUACACGUCUCUGCACCCACAAAGAUGAUGUAGAAAUAACUAAUAAGAGAUGUUUGCAACAGCUAUCAGGAAAAGUGCACGCUUUUGAGGCUCUGGACAGUGACCCAAUGCUAGUGAAGUUAAUUGAUGCUCAGUGUCCUGUGAGUAGUAGAGUUGAGCUAAAGCUUGGAGCUCAGGUGAUGCUAGCUAAGAAUCUGGAUGUGUCUCAAGGCCUGGUGAAUGGGGCACGAGGAGUUGUUGUAGGAUUUGAGAGUGAACAGAAAGGGCUGCCUAAGGUGCGGUUUCUCUGUGGGGUCACACAGGUCAUUGAAAUGGAGAAAUGGGUUUUCAGAGGACCAUCAGGAGUUCAUCUGAGUCGUCAACAGUUGCCUUUAAAAUUGGCAUGGGCCAUUUCCAUUCACAAGAGUCAGGGUAUGUCCUUAGAUUGUGUGGAGAUCUCCCUGUCUCGUGUCUUUGAAUGUGGGCAGGCUUACGUAGCCCUCUCCCGAGCCCGCAGCCUUGCAGGUCUCCGUAUUCUGGAUUUUGAUCCAAAAGUAGUGAGAGCUGAUCCUACUGUGUUGCAGUUCUAUAGGCAGCUGAGACGUCAUCAGCUUACAACCCAGGAUUCACUACACACCCAUUCAGGUGAUGAUGAGAAGGAGAACUGGAAAUGCAGCUGA